UACGGUACGAUUAUUAUGACUGUAAUAAUAAUUGAAAAAAACAAGGUGUCGAUAGUCGGUAAUUUUAGUUGGCACUCGUGGUACUCAACGAUGCUGAAAAUGCAGCCGACAACAUAAAUAAAACAAUUAGGUUAAGUUCAAUAGUUGAUUUUGUGUGUCCUGCCAAAAACAGUCCCAAGACUUUAGAAUCUUCCCAUUUAUUCAAUGGAAUCUUAAGUCAGAUAUCAAAUUAAGUCUUAUUAAGACCUUUGCGUAAUGAAUUACUUAACCAGUCUCCUGAAAUCCAGGAUUUUCUCACCAACACAUACACUUACAGAGGUGGUUGUUGCCCCCUUUAUUCAAAGCCAGCACGUCAGGAGUAAGUGGGUUGACUCCCGCAUGAGAAAGGAUGCCCGAAGACGAGAUACAAUGGAGAAAUAUGGACCUGAAAAACUUCACCUAACCGUCUUGUUAAGAGCACAAAAAAUUCUUCCUCCAGAACUGAAUGAAAUAGUUAGAGGAGAAAUGAAUAGCCUACCGAAAGAUGCCCAUUCCAGCAGGAUUUGCCACAGGUGUCAAUUGACCUCAAAAGGACGCAACGUUGUCAUCAGAUGGCGACUUGGCCGCAUGAUGUUUAGGCGGUUAGCUGAUGGGAAUAGACUGUCAGGUGUUCAACGUGCUCGAUGGUGAUUUUUUAAUGUACAAUUUUUCUCAUAAUUUUUGAGAAUUUUUAUUUGCUCUGUUUUUUUUCCUAGGUUUCUAUUCUUGGUUAUAUUUUGUCAUUGUUUUUUUCAUUAAUGAAUGUUUUAUUUGAAUAAAACCUAUGUAGUGUACAGCAAUUCUAUCUAGCAGAAA